CCUGAUAACAAGAUAGCGUGGUCGCGGCAGAGUUGCCGGAGUGGAAGCAGAGUGGGAGAAGCCAAAGAGACCUUCCAUCUUUAACCUAGUUCCGGGGUUCGACUGGGGUUUGACUGCAUAAUCGCCAAGGAUCGUCCCCAUUAUAUGGGCUACCCGGUGGCGUAUCCAAGCUUGAUAAUACUACGCUAUCUGUUGUCCUGCCUAAAGUAAUAAUAACGAGAACGCAGGCUAGAUAUUGCACAAUGCCAAGCGGGUCUCCGAUCACCGUCUUAAAUACAGGGCGUUCCGCCUCAUUUUUGGACUCUUAUUUACCAGAAUAUCUCUAGAGGCGCCAUUCCUCGCCAUGGUUCGUUGCGGUGCAGUCGUUUCGGGCCUGCUGGCCCUUGUCUCUUCCGUCGAGGCAAUUCAGAGACACCCCUUGCCAAUUAGCGAGCUCGCGAAGCAGGUCAAAGGUAAAGGCGCGUACGAUACCAGGGAUCUUGAUCUCCAGGCCCUUUACCCCGAGUACAACCUCUCGACUCCGAUUGACCACUUCCAUAACGAUUCCUCUUACGAGCCUCACUCCAAUGGAACGUUCAAUUUGCGGUACUGGUUUGACGCCCAAUACUACAAGCCCGGGGGUCCGGUGAUUGUGCUCGCGGGAGGAGAGACAGACGGAGCUGGUCGCCUGCCUUUCUUGCAGAAGGGUAUUGUUUACCAACUUGCCAAAGCGACGGGCGGAUUGGGUGUCAUUCUCGAGCAUAGAUACUAUGGCAAGAGUAUUCCGACGCCAGACUUCAGUACCCAAAGCUUGAGAUUUCUUACUACGGAUCAAGCCUUGGCUGAUACUGCUUACUUUGCUAAGAAUGUCAAAUUCGCCGGUUUGAAGAACGUAGACCUGAGUCCCGAAAAGACACCUUGGAUUGCCUACGGCGGCAGCUACGCUGGUGCCUUUGUCGCCUUCUUGAGAGCCCUGUACCCGGACGUCUAUUUUGGUGCAAUUUCGUCUUCUGGCGUUCCCAAAGCUAUUUGGGACUAUUGGCAAUACUUCGAAGCUGCUGCCGUUUAUGGACCGCCGGCAUGCGUCGAGACCACCCAGAAGCUCACGCAUAUUAUCGACAAUAUCCUGAUUGGCAAAAACGGGUCUGACUACGUUGGGCAGCUCAAAUCAGUCUUUGGUCUACCUAAUGUAACGCACGACGGCGACUUUGCUAGCGCCAUCAACGGCGGCAUUUAUGGAUUACAGAGUCUGAACUGGGAUCCUUCGCAAAGCAGUGAUAGUUUCUUUGUUUACUGCGACAAGGUCUCGUCGGAUGACGUGCUGUAUCCCGCUACAGAGGCAAGCAGGGAAUCCGUCGAAGAGCUCAUCAAGGUUGGUGGCUACGAAGACGAGUUGGAGACUCUCGCGAACAGAUUCUUAAAUUACAUCGGUUAUGUGAACCGAACUUCGGUUGCAAGAUGUUCAGGUGAUCAGGAUGCUUGUUUUACUACAUAUGAUCCGGAGUUUUACGCCCAGGACGACAUUUCUCAGACCUGGAGGCUAUGGCAAUACCAAGUUUGCACUCAAUGGGGUUAUCUCCAAACCGGAAGCGGUGUUCCUGAGGACCAGCUCCCUCUCAUUUCGCGCACCAUUGACGUUGACUAUUCCGCUCUCAUCUGCCGGGAGGCUUUCAAUUUGACCAAGCCGGCCGAUGUAGAAUACAUCAACAGGCUUGGUGGUUUUAACCUCAGUUAUCCUCGACUUGCCUUCAUCGACGGCGAGUGGGAUCCGUGGAGAGCGGCGGGCGUUCAUGCCAUUGGUCUACCCGAGCGACCUAACACGCCAAGCGAGCCUUUCAUCCUGAUCGACCGGGCGGUCCACCACUGGGACGAGAACGGGCUAUUCCCCAACGAGACAACAGAAGACUUACCGCCGGCACCGGUUAGAGACGCUCAGAAGCAAAUCGCGGCAUUCGUGCAGGGAUGGGUGCAAGAAUUCACGGGUAAAUACUAGCAGCAGGCACUUGGACUUGCACCUGUCAACCAGAAGAUGCUGACGGGAGUAGCAGAUGUUGUAACGGAGUCUAGUGAACUAUGAACAAUAGCUACCUCUAUCAAAAUAUCAUAGCGAUACCUAUGACGUAAGACUCGGAAUUAUGUCGAUCUUGAAACGCAUGCUUUCAUCGGUAUAACUAUUAAGCCACGAUUGAAUGGUAACUAAAGCUCCUUAUCAUACCCGGUUCCGUUAUGUUGCCAUCGUGGCAUGUACGUGAUUCAGGGGCUACAUACAAAUGGCGUUAGUGUGACUCAGUAUAGAUUUGUAUUACUUUGGUUUUUGUGGUCACUCGGAUUUUGAUUUCUAAUGGCUUUGGAUAAAAUCAAUCUUAUAGUUACAGCAUUUGUUAUAACCCCUUGUUAUAAUCUAGGCACUAUCAUAAUAAUCAUUAAUUUUAUCAUGUAAAUGUAAAAAUGACUAAUGUCUUCCUUCAGCCUGGCUCUACGUCAAGGCAAGCUAUCCGGUAGCCGAAGAAGAAAAAUCUAUUCUCGG